AAUGCUGGGAUCACAGGCGUGAGCCACCGCUCCCGGACACAAGCAUUAUUAUAACACUACCCACCCUGUGUAUUUUUUAGCACCUAUCCUGAUUUUUAAAAUUCAGCACGAAGUUUAAGUCCUAGUCCUGUUGAUCCCAAUAGCCGUAGCUCAUCCAUUUCGACUCCGAGCGGAGCUCCAUGCCCUGGACCCUCGGCGGAGGCCCCACUCCGGGACGCCAGCCCGGCCGGGGCAGCUUGCACCCCAGACCCCCAAGCUCUGCGGGGCCCAAACCUAGUCGUCUGCACUUGUUCUGGGCAGGGCGGGUUGCCUUGGCAACCAGCUGCUCUCCUAGCAACUCUAGGCCCCUAGAGAUGGCGUCACUAGCCCGCGCCCGGUCCUGGAACCGCCCCCCGUGCUGCCGCCGUUUGCCAUUAGCCGGCGGAGAGACGGACGCAGACCUCGUCCAAUGGAAGGCUCCGCGCUCCUGAAGGCGGGACUAACGCUUACCUGGGGCGCGGGUCCCUGCCGGAAGCCGGCGUCCGCGACGCAGCUGUACACGCUUAGGAUGGCAAAACAGAAGAGAAAAGUUCCUGAAGUGACGGAGAAAAAGAACAAAAAGCUGAAGAAGGCGUCAGCAGAGGGGCCACUGCUGGGCCCUGAGGCUGCGCCAAGUGGCAAUGGAGCCGGCUCCAAGGGAGAAGCUGUGCUCAGGCCCGGGCCGGACGCAGAGCCGGAGCUGUCCCCAGAGGAGCAGAGGGUCCUGGAAAGGAAGCUGAAAAAGGAACGGAAGAAAGAGGAGAGGCAGCGUCUGCGGGAGGCAGGCCUUGUGGCCCAGCACCUGCCUGCCAGGCGCUCAGGGGCCGAGCUGGCCCUGGACUACCUCUGCGGAUGGGCCCAAAAGCACAAGAACUGGAGGUUUCAGAAGACGAGGCAGACGUGGCUCCUGCUCCACAUGUAUGACAGUGACAAGGUUCCCGAUGAGCACUUCUCCACCCUGCUGGCCUACCUGGAGGGGCUGCAGGGCCGGGCCCGAGAGCUGACGGUGCAGAAGACAGAAGCUCUGAUGCGGGAGCUGGACGAGGAGGGCUCUGAUCCCCCCCUGCUGGGGAGGGCCCAGCGCAUCCGGCAGGUGCUGCAGCUGCUCUCCUAGCGGGUUCAGCUUGGGGUGGGGCCGCUGCCCAGCGCAGGGUGGCGUCAGACCACGCAGGGUGCGGCUCCUCCGGCGGUGGGGGCCGGGAUCACCAGCAGGGCAGCAGCUGAGCAAGGGCUUUCAGCUCCUCUGGCAGUGGGGGCCGGAAUCACCAGCACCAGAGCCUCGCAAGGGCCCCUUCCCUCCUCCAGACCUUCCUUGGCCAGUGACGGCUGUGACAGUGAUAGCAGGUUCAGUGCCUUCAGCGCACAGCGUGGACGCUCUGGAAUCACCCAGACCCCUGGCCUUGGAGGGGCCCUUGAGCCCCAGGAAUCUGCUUUGGAUGGAAAUAUCUAUUUUUCUACCAGGAAUAUUUUAGAGAUCAAGCCACGCUGGCUCCUCCCGCCAGCUACAAAGCUGCACCUUCCGCCUGAUUCCCUAUUCCCCUGUGUGGGCCGCAUUCCUGGUCCCCUGCCUGCAUCCAUCGAGGGUCCUGGGUGUGGCCAGUUUUCCUUUGACCCCACACAGCGUCAUUGCAGGUCUUGGGGAGCCCAUGCUGGGGGCUUGUGGAGUCAGACCAUGUACCUGUGCAGAAACCCUCUCUGUGGCUGCAUUUGAAAUAAAACCCGACCCACCAGCAGCCGUGGGUCCUGCUCUGCGCA